UUAACGCGCGCCUCCCGCGGGUCAGCUUGGCGCCGGUGGUGGGCUCCGUCAUUUCGGCCAAGUCUUCACUCUCGGAGUCCGCUUCGCCGCCUCUGGCAGCCGUCAACCUUCCCCGGACGCUCCGCCGGCGCAGCCGAACGUCGCCGCCCUCAGAACGCUGGGCCAGCAGCCCGCGCGGGAGGGCCGCCGCCCCGGUGGGGGCUCUGUGCGCGCAGCGGCGGCGGCGGCAGGGGGCCAGGCCGCAGCGGCGCCCGAGGAGCCCGCGGGAGCCCCGAGACGGGCCUGGGCCACCGCCUCUGGACUAGGAUGUCCCGACAUGAAGGUGUCAGCUGUGAUGCAUGUUUAAAAGGCAAUUUUCGGGGUCGCCGAUACAAGUGUUUAAUUUGCUACGAUUACGAUCUGUGUGCAACUUGUUAUGAAAGUGGCGCAACGACGACGAGGCAUACGACUGAUCACCCGAUGCAGUGCAUACUAACCAGAGUAGAUUUUGAUUUGUACUAUGGUGGAGAAGCUUUCUCUGUAGAGCAGCCACAGUCUUUCACUUGUCCUUAUUGUGGGAAAAUGGGUUAUACGGAAACAUCUCUUCAAGAACAUGUUACUUCUGAGCAUGCAGAAACAUCAACAGAAGUGAUUUGUCCAAUAUGUGCAGCAUUACCUGGAGGGGAUCCGAAUCACGUCACAGAUGACUUUGCAGCUCAUCUUACACUGGAACACAGAGCUCCUAGAGAUUUAGAUGAAUCCAGUGGUGUUCGGCAUGUACGUAGGAUGUUCCACCCGGGCCGGGGCUUGGGAGGCCCCCGUGCGCGUAGAUCAAACAUGCACUUUACUACCAGUUCCCCUGGUGGGCUUUCAUCUUCUCAGAGUUCAUAUUCUCCAAGCAAUAGAGAAGCCAUGGAUCCUAUAGCUGAGCUUUUAUCUCAGCUAUCAGGCGUGAGGCGUUCUGCAGGAGGACAGUUGAACUCCUCUGGCCCUUCUGCUUCUCAGUUACAGCAGCUGCAGAUGCAACUGCAGUUGGAGCGACAACAUGCACAGGCAGCACGGCAACAACUGGAGACUGCUCGCAAUGCAACUAGGCGCACUAACACCAUCAAUGUCAACACCACUAUGACACAAUCUACAACAACAACCAACACAUCCAACCCAGAAAACAGUCAGCAGACUGUCCAGAAUUCCCAGUUUCUUCUUACAAGGUUGAACGAGCCGAAGAUGUCGGAAGCGGAGCGUCAGUCGAUGGAGAGCGAACGGGCAGACUGCAGCCUCUUUGUUCAGGAGCUUCUACUGUCCACCUUGAUGCGGGAAGAAAGUUCCUCCUCCGAUGAGGAUGAGCGGGGGGAGAUUGCAGAUUUUGGUGCUAUGGGCUGUGUAGAUAUUAUGCCUCUAGAUGUUGCUUUAGAAAACCUAAAUUUAAAAGAGAGUAAUAAAGGAAAUGAGCCUCCUCCACCUCCUCUUUGAUGACAUCCCACCUUGCAGACAAUGUCCUCUGUGCUGUAUUUGCCAAUGAAAAGUGGACAACAACUAUCUUGGGUUUGUUUUGGUGAUUGUAAUUUCAGGUCUGUCACUCUUGUUACAUUGUGUACAUUCAAAAAGAAAGAGAGGAGAAAAAAAAAAAAAAAAAGAAAACCAACAAAAAAAAAAAAAGAGAUAUAUAUGAUAAUCAUUUCCACUUAACUAAUUUUUACUUUUAGCAGGUAAAUGUAGGUUGCAGUGCAGAGCAAAAAAAAAACCAAACAAAACAAAAAGACAAAAAAAAAACCAACACAAGAAAAGAAAACAAAGCAACCAAACAAAACAAAAAAGCUCUGUGUCCUGUACCUUGACAUGCAAAAGGCUCUCCUAAUACUCCACAUUCAAACUGAAGAGGAAAAAAAAAAAAUACAAGAAAAAAAAAAAAAAAAAAAAAUCGCAAAAAAAAAGAAAAAGAAAGGAAAAAAAAAAAAACACAAAAAAAAGAGAAAAAAGAAAUCUCUAAUGAAGCUGCUGUGUGUAUUUAUGAAUAUUAAUGAAUAAAAACUGCUUGGAUGGUUUACCUUAAACUACUGCAUGACGUUUUUUGCAGCGUGCAUGAAUUUUUUUUUAGUGACCUUGUCCUUUAAAAAAAUGAAAUCCAAGUGCAAAGAGUUAGUAAAAAUCACCAAAAAAAAAAGAAAACCCACCAAAACCACCCCCCCCCCCCCCCCAAACUUUCCCAUUGUACUCAGAGGUUACACCAGAGAAAGGUGUAGUGCUGAGGAGGAGCAAUCCCUGUGGCCAGAAAGUAGCUUCUUCAGUAAUAAUGGUGGCAGGAUGACGUCUUUUGUGCUGUCCUUGCAGGGGAUGUGGUCAGCAAGGGCACUGUGGCGUUUUGCUGUACCUGACCAUAACGUGGCCCCGCUCAGCCCUGGCCUCAGCGUGGAGCUCAGCUUCGUUUUUAUGCAUCUGCAGGAGUAAGGCCACUGCUGGAAGCUACCAGAAGGGGCUUUUGUGCGCCCUAAAGUCCAAGGCUGUUCACUUGCUUAGUUAUUUUUCCUUUUUUACUUUUGGUGGUUGUUAAUUUUUAGUCGUUUGAACCUGUUUUAACUCAGCUACAGACCAUUUGUAUAAUCACCAAGUUAACUGAACUUGUUUUAACUCAGCUUCAGACCAUUCUUAUAAUCACCAAGUUAACUGAACCUGGUUUUACUCAGCUUCAGACCAUUCAUUUAAUCACCAAGUUAACUGAACCUGUUUUAACUCAGCUUCAGACCAUUCAUAUACUCACCAGGUUAACUGAACCUGUUUUAACUCAGCUACAGACCAUUCGUAUAAUCACCAAGUUAUCUUGGAUCAUUCUUGUCUUUAGGUUCAAAAAAGGCCUUUCACCACCUCAAGUCGUGGCUUUGAGUUGUGUUGACUUCAUAGUCUGCAGAAUGCCUUUUGUUAUUACCAGGAGGAGCCUGAGGAUGUGCAGUCCCAGGCUUGUCAGUUGAGUGUUCGAUGCUAACAUUAGCACCUUUUUAAUUUAUUGUUCCUUACGGCUAUUUUUGCUGGUACAGGGGAAAAUUAAAGUGAAAACAAAGCCUUUUGGUCGAAUCAGGCCACCUCAGGAAGGAAGAGUGUGGUGUGCCUGUGCAUAGAAGUCUGUAACAGCCCCAAGACAAGGACAGGAGGAGUAUGUUUGGGUUUGAUUUUCUUUCUCUCUCUUUUUUUUUUAUUCCCCUUUUUUUUCCUUCUUAUGUAAAAGCUAGGUUAUAAAAACAAAAGUGCACACAGCUUCUGAUGAAAUUUAAAACUAGGGUGAUAUCAUAACAGUGUCUGUCCAGAUGUUUUUCACCCCACCCCCUUCUCUCUUUCUCCUUCCAUCCUUGCAGCAACCGCUAGUGUGUUAGAGUAAAUUUCCAGGCUUGAGCAGCAGGAGGUGUGAGCAGCAGGAGGUGUCCUCAGCAGAGCUGACCUGUAUGCCAGUCCCAAGUAACAGCAGCAAAAGAAGCAGCCCAACAGACUGAAGUUCCACUUCCCUUUGCUGGUUGUUUUUUUCUUCAAGGACUAAACAUCAGAUCCCAGUUCUUUCCAUGCACAGAGCAGUAGUAGCUUCGUUUUCCUCCACUCUCUGCAACAGGAAAUGUUUCAAGGGAAACUUGACAUGAGGCCUCUGCUUUACCCUGAGAGUUACUCCCAGUAGGGACUUCUCUUUUUUUCCUUUUUUCCUUUUUUUUUUCUUUUUUUUUAAAUUGAUUGUUGGGGAUUUUCAGAGAAUUUUUUCAAGCUGUAGUCUUUACAAACACAUCUUCUGCACAUUACAAUAAGACACACGGUUCAAUAAAGCAUUUUCAAGACUGUU